CAUUAGGUCUUGUGCCCUAAGCCGUGCAACAUUCCAUAUAUACACUACACUACAUAUCAAGCCCCUACGCCGCACAAGCAACCGAGAAAUAGCAGGCUUCGUCUUUCUUCACCGGUAUUACACAAAUCUCUUGUAACGAUGUCGGUUAGCGAGCUCGCCUGCACCUACGCCGCCUUGAUCCUUCACGACGAUGGGAUCCCCGUCACUGCGGAAAAGAUUGCUGCCCUUGUUAAAGCAGCGAAUGUGAGUGUGGAAUCAUUCUGGCCUAGCCUCUUUGCAAAGCUGGUUGAGAAGAGGAACAUCGAAGACCUCAUCCUGAACGUUGGAUCUGGUGGAGGUGGUGCAGCUGUUGCCUUUUCUGCUCCUGCUGCUGGCGGCGCUGCUGCGGCAGCUGCCCCAGCCGCAGCUGCGGUUGAGGAGAAGAAGGAAGAACCAAAGGAAGAGAGCGAUGAAGACAUGGGAUUCUCUUUGUUCGAUUAGGUCGCUUUGUCUGGGUCUUCGGCAACAUUGGGGCUCAACUUUAUUCUUAGUGCUUAUUUUGAAAUUUUGUUUUUUUUUUCCAUAGCGUAUAAUUGCUGUGUUUUUCACUGUUGACCUUUAAGAUGGAUCUAUCUGGUAGAAAUUUCAUAUUAAAACUAGAUUUGUCUGUCUGAAGUUUUCUAUGUCAAGCUUGUUGUUUGUGGUAA